CUAAAUAAAAAUAACUUGCUUUUUCUGCAAUUUAGCAAGCAUUACAGGGAAACCAGGUGAACCCGGUCGCCGUGGAAAACCAGGAAGGGAUGGUUAUCGUUUGACGCAAGGACCGAAAGGAGAGAAAGGCAUACCAGGAGUGCUAGGACCUCGAGGAGCACCCGGAACAACUGGACCACCUGGAGAAGAUGGAAUUCCUGGAGCUCCUGGACCACGUGGACCAUCCGGAAAGGAAGGACAAACGGGUAAGCAAGGCAGGCAGGGCCCUCCAGGGAAGACCGGAAUGCCAGUAAAAAAAAUACAGUCGGAACUUGUUCAGAAACAAUUCACACACUUCUCCAAUUUGGCUUAAUU